UGCACGCAUGCGCAGAACCGCUGGCGGUUGUCUGAGUGAUUUGAGUUUUCCGUGGGAUGUUUAGCGGGAGUGUUUCUGUACGGGAUCUUCUGGUCAACUUUACUUGAAUUUAUCACCACUUUCAAAUUCUGUUCGUGGUAUGCCGUGAUAUUGUUCCGAGCACCAUGCGUCCAGCGGGUGACGAUGGCGUCUAAAGACAGUCCGGUGUCUCCUGAGUCGAGCGUCACGUCUCUGCUGGCCACUUCAGGACUCCUGCAGAGCUCCUUCCGUCCGGAGCCGGUCCCCGUCAUCAAAUACAGAGACAGACACUACACGUCUGCGUCGGACGCGCUGGACGCUUACAUCACCGACUUCCAGAGGAGUCUGCGGGACUCUGAGACCACCACCGGGACACUUCAGCUGCCUGAAGACACUUCAAGACCUCGUCCCAGAAACAGAGACGUGCUGAAGACGAGUUUGACGGAUGAAGAGCUGAUCUUCCUGAACAUUCCCGUCCGGAGCGGAGACUCGGAUCGGCUCAGUAUGACCACCGACGACCUUCUGGUUCUCCCGAAUGACGGCUCUCUCCCCGUGACCCGCACCUCGGCCCUCCUCUCCCGCUCUGGGAGCUUUCCGUUGGGAUGGAGCUUCAACUCUAGCUCCCGGUCACACUCCCGGCCCGUUGCGGUCCGUAAACAGCGACCCGUUCCAGCAGGGAGCAGGAAAACUCUCCCCGCGGAUGAUUUAACGUUGGGCGGCUUGCGUUCUCGGCAUCGAGCUCCUCCCCCCGACGCCCCGCCGGCCAAUCGGACGCUUCCAGCCGACACGCCCAGAUCCAGUCAUCUCCCGCGCUGGAUGACCAGCCAGAAAUCAGAAAUGGAUUUUUCGGGGAUGACCAGCGUUCCCGAGCUGAAGUACCCGGCGUGGCUGAGGCAGUGUGAAGAACCUCUUCCUCCCGGAGUUCCUUCGUGGGUCGGAGAACCGGAAGAGCCCCGUGGAGAACGGCAGCGAGGUGUCAAAGGUCACUCGGGAGAGCCGUAUGGAUCCCAGUCCAUCGGUCAGUGCAGUCUGAGAGAUCUGCGUCUACAGUUUGAGCAGAAGAGAGGACCGAUUCAUAAAGGAACACUUUUCAAAGAUGAUAAGAUUGGUUCUCUGAUCUUCCGAGCCGAGCAGAUGUUAAACUCUCCUUCCUUUGCUCUCUGUGAGCCGGUGAAGGAGCACGACGUUUCAGGAGAUACGGAGGACGCUCUGGACGCGGACCGGUCCUGGGACGAUCCACCUGUGACCUUUAAACCUCCGGUGCCAGUGGGUGGCGCUGAUGAAGCUCCGGCGCCUGAGGAACUUCAGAGGAGCAAGUCUGCAGCUUCCUGUUCGUCAGGAUACAGCAGCAGAAAGCAUCCGGGUCCGGUGGAGGCGCUCAAACACAUGCUGUUCCGCCUGCAGUCCGUCGAGCACGGGAUCGGCCAAUCACACGCCUCCGGUGACUCCGAGACCGCUUCAGUCGCGCAUCUGGACGGAGACGCACCGCAGCUGGUUUCUCAGAAGGACACAGAAGAAACGGAGCUGGGAAACGUGGAGUCAUUAGAAAGAGCUCUUCAUCACCUGGACAGGCUGAAAACACUUGUGGACGACAUGAACCAAAGGAAGGAGGACGGGGCAGACGGCUAACGUCAGAAGUCAGACAGAUACAGACGCUUCGUGGAUCACGUUAGGGGACCUUUAAAAGCCCCGUGAAAGAUGAAUAGAAUAAAGCUGUUUCGAAGGGACCUAAUCAGUCAAAAAACACUGAAGUGUUUGUCUCAAGUGUGUUCUCAUGCAGGUCACUGGCUAACAUUUAGUUUUGUUAACGGUCCGUAGCUAACUGAGGCUGAUGUUCUGUGUGUAUUUAUUUUACUUCAUGCGAACUAUUCAGAAGUUGUAUUAAAAUGCUUUUACUUGUGCCUCAAAAGAAAUAAAACUUGUACGGGUUUGAGAGAGUUUAAA